CGCAGGAGACUGGGGGGAUGUUCCAACACCCUGGAUUUACAACCAUUUCAAGGAUAUUUUAACUCAAAGACUACCAUUUUUGUGGGAUUUUUAAAAUUAUAAUUGGAGUAGACUACCACCCGGAAAUCUUCAGAUGAUUCAUCGUCUGUUCUAACCGUUACCUGAGUGACUGAAGACUCAAGGUGCAAACAAUGGAUCCAAACUUAUUUGGAGGAGUCCCCAGGUUUCUCUCCCGACCAAAGGCGUUCUCAGUGUGUGCAGGCAAGGAUGCCACACUGAGCUGCACUAUUGUGGGCAGCCCAACCCCACUGAUCACCUGGGAAAAGGAGAAACUAAAGCUAACAUCUGGGGGGCGCUUUAAGACUGUGGAGGAUGGGAAUGUUUACCGCCUAACCAUCUAUGACUUAACACUGGAGGACAGUGGCCAGUACAUGUGCCGGGCCAAAAACAAUGUUGGGGAAGCUUAUGCUGCUGUAACCCUCAAAGUGGCCCUGCCAACAGAGAUGGCUCAGAGGGCUCCUGCUUUCCUUGUUAAGCCUACCUCUUCACGUGUUGGCUUAGGAGGUGAUGUUGUUUUCUUCUGCAAGGUUGUAGCUCACCCUGAUGCCAACUUUGAUUGGGAGAAAGAUGGGCGCUACCUUGGGGAGACUAACCGCAUCAAAGUUGUUUCUGACAGUGAUAGCAGCACCCUGAGGAUCCAAAGUGUGCGCAACCUGGACAGUGGCACCUACACCUGCAGGGUCCAGAACAGUGUUGGCCGUGCACACGCUGCAGCAGCUCUUGUUGUAGAUGCUCAAGAUUCUCGUCACCUGGCUGCAGACAAGAACACCUCCCUCCUUUCUCACCUACAAAAGCGUAAAGAAGAGAUGAAGAAGGACAUUUCCAUCUACCGCACAGAGGAAGGCAGCUCCACUGUUACUUCAUCCUCCACAACAAGCGUCAGAGAUGGUUUGAGUCUGGAACAUGAGCUGAGGGCGUCUGCCCUGGCAAAGCUGCCCAAAGGUGUGUUUACUCGUACCUGCACAGUGACUGAAGGCAAGCAUGCCAAACUCAGCUGCUUUGUGACGGGUCACCCUAAACCCCACAUUAUCUGGAGAAAGGAUGGAAUGAAUAUCAGCGAGGGCCGCAGACAUGUCAUCUAUGAGGACCAAGCUGAGAACUUCAUCCUUAAGAUCCUGUACUGCAAGCAGAGUGAUAAUGGUCUCUACACCUGCAAUGCCACCAAUAUGGCUGGGCAGACCUACAGUGCUGUGUUGGUAACAGUCAAAGAGCCCAAGGUUCCAUUCAGGAGGAAGCUACAAGAUGUGGAAGUACAAGAGAAAGCUUCAGCUACAAUGAUGUGUGAAGUGCCUUUAAGUUCCACCCAGGCCAACUGGUUCAUGGAGGAAACGAGGUUGGAGCAGAGCAUGAAAUAUAACAUGGAGCAGGAAGGCACUCUGCGUCGUCUCACCAUACACAACGUCACUACAAAUGAUGACGGUGUUUAUAUCUGUGAGAUGAAGGAGGGCAGUCGCACUGUGGCUGAGCUCACUGUUUUGGGUAAUAUCACUAAGAAGCUUCCACGAAGAACAGUGGUUCCCGUCAGUGACACUGUCAUCUUCUGUGUUGAACUUGAGCAUCCCUGCAAAGAUGCCUACUGGACCCGGAAUGGCGAGAAGCUAAGGGAGGAUUCCCGUAUUUCCAUUGCCUGCGUGCUCAGACAGUACACUCUCACAAUAAGAGAUUGCCAGGCAGAUGACUCCGGAGAAGUGGCCUUUGUGGCUGGAGACUGCAAGACUUCCACUCGAUUCUCUGUCACUGCUGCGAGAAAGCAUCCUCCUGAUCCCCCAGUUGAUGCAGUGGUGCAGAACAAGACUGACUCAUCUAUCACCCUUCAGUGGUCUCCUCCUGACAGUGACCGCCCCGUCCCUAUCAAGGGCUACAUUGUGGAGAGGAGGAAGGUUGGCACUCAGACAUGGCAGAGGUGCACUACUGGAGAGCGCUUUGUCUCAACAGAGAUCACCAUCAGCAACUUUAGCGAAGAAGCCAGCUACCAAUUCCGCAUCUCUGCCAUGAAUGACUUUGGCCAGAGUCCGUACCUGGAGGUGCCUGGAAGCUUCUACCUAGAACCCAGUGCUGAAAUAAGGAAAGGCUUGAUGAACAGCACAGCAUUCACUGGAGAAGAGUUCUCCAUCUCUGUGGAGUUGUCUGCUGUUUGCUCUGGAUUCUGGUCAAUAAAUGGCCGCCUCCUGCGAAGUGGCGCUGACUACCUCAUUACCAGAUCGAAGAACACACACACUUUGGUCAUCCGUGUUGUGACGAUGGAGAUGAAUGGAGCUGAGGUCAAGUUUGUUGGUGGAGGUUCACAAAGCAGUUGUGUCAUCUCUGUUAAAGCUCCUCCUGUUAGGUUCAUGAACAAGUCAGAUCAAAACCUGGUAACAUGCAGUGCCCAAGAAACUGCUCACAUGACUGCUGAGGUGUCGGAUUAUGAUACACAGGUGGUAUGGAUGAGGAAUGGACGAGAGGUGAAAAUGGGAAAGAAGUAUGAAUACCUGAUCACUGAUCGUAGGAGGACUCUGGUGGUGCAUAAUGUUACAGAAGAAGAUGUGGGCAUCUAUGAGUGUGUUUUAGCUGAUGACAGAGUGUCCCUCCAACUCGCUCUUAAAGAUGAACCUGCCAAGUUUCUGAACAAAGCCAGAGGUCCCAUGGGAUUGACUUCUUCCCUUAAAGGAGAUCUGGAGCUGAGCUGUGAAGUCUCUCCAGCCACUGCUGCUGUUACGUGGAAAAAAGAUCAGGUGGAGAUCACUGAGGACCAAAGAACCAGCAUUGUCUCCAAAGGGACUCAAAGGAAGCUCAUCAUCAAGAAAGCAAAGAAGAGUGACGAGGGACAUUACUCCUGUGAGACAGCAACAGACAAAGUCACAUUCCAGGUCAAGAUAAAAGAAACUCAAGCUGUAGCUGCCUUCUCCAACAAGGAGUCAGUCCAGAAGGAAUUGAAAGCAUCUCUCUCCCAGAGAGCAACUUUGAGCUGCAAUGUUUCAGACAGUAAGACAGAGGUGAAAUGGUAUAAAGAUGGCAAGCAGCUGAUAUCCAGCAGGAUGAUAUACUCGGAAGUAAAAGGCAAUACUCGUCAGCUGGUGAUUGAGAAGGUGGAGAAGAGCGAUGCUGGAGAGUAUACAUGUGAAGCUGGAGGGGACAAGCUGGUCUUCAAAAUAAUUGUGUCAGAGGCCCAGUCAGCUUUCUAUAACAGCGAGUCGGUCCAGAAGGAGGUGAAGGCCACUCUCUCCCAGAAAGCAACUCUCAGCUGUGAGGUUGCUGAUACCAAGACAGAAGUGAAAUGGUACAAGGAUGGCAAAAUGGUCUCUACAAGUAAGACCAUUCAUACUGAGACGAAAGGCAAGAGUCGCCAGCUGGUGAUCGACAACGUAGAGAAAAAAGAUGCUGGGGAAUACAUCUGUGAGGCCGGGACGGAGAGGCUGGCUUUCAGGAUGAAUGUGACAGAGGCCCAGUCAGCUUUCUACAACAAGGAAUCAAUCAAGAAGGAGGUGAAAACCACUCUCUCCCAGAAAGCCACUCUCAGCUGUGAGGUUGCUGAUACCAAGACAGAAGUGAAAUGGUACAAGGAUGGCAAGCUACUUACUUCCAGUAAGACCAUUCAUACUGAGUCAAAAGGCAAGAGUCGCCAGCUGGUGAUCGACAGUGUGGAAAAGAAGGAUGCUGGAGAAUACAUCUGUGAGGCGGGGACUGAGAAGCUGGCUUUUAAAAUACAUGUUGAAGCCCCCUCUACUGAAGUCCAGGCUAAAUCAUCAUUCCUCAACAAAGAGUCUGUCCAGAAGGAGGUGACAGCAACUCUCUCACAGAGAGCCAUGAUGAGCUGUGAGGUAGCUGAUAGCAAGACAAAUGUGAAAUGGUACAAGGAUGGCAAACUGUUGAGUCCCAGCAGGACAAUUCACAUGGAAUCAAAGGGGAAGAUACGCCAGCUGGUGAUUGACAGUGUGGAGAAGAAAGAUGCUGGAGAAUACAUCUGUGAAGUUGGAUUGGAAAAAUUGGCAAUUAAAGUACAGGUGACAGAAGGCCAAGCUAAGUCAGCUGUCUCUAAAAAGGAAACAGUACAAAUGGAGGUGAAAGCCACUCUCUCCCAAAAAGCAACUCUGAGUUGGGAGGUAUCUGAUUCUAAAUCAGAGGUGAAAUGGUUUAAGGAUGGCAAGCUGCUCACUACCAGUAAGGCUAUCCAUGCAGAGUCUAAAGGCAAGAAUCGACAACUGGUGAUUGAAAGUGUGGAGAAGAAGGAUGCGGGACAAUACGUCUGUGAGGCUGGGACUGAGACAUCAGCUUUUAAGAUACAGGUGGCAGAAACUCCAGCAGGCUUUUCUAACAAGGAGUCUGUCCAGAAGGAGGUGAAAGCCACUCUCUCCCAGAAAGCAACUCUCAGCUGUGAGGUUGCUGAUACCAAGACAGAAGUGAAGUGGUACAAGGAUGGCAAGCUGCUCACUUCUAGCAAAGCGGUCCACAUGGAGUCAAAGGGCAAGACUCGUGAACUGGUCAUUGAAAAAAUGGAGAAAAAAGACGCUGGAGAGUACACAUGUGAGGCUGGGUCAGAGAAGCUUGGAUUCAAGCUGCAGAUGACCGAUACAGCUGUCAAAUUCCAGAAGAAACAUGUCAAAGACACAUGCGUCGUACAAGCAAGUGAAAACAUUGUUUUGACCACUGAGCUGACCUCAGAGAGUGGAAGUGUAAAGUGGUUUAGAGACGGUGUGGAGCUCAAAGAGGGAAGCAAGUAUGAAAUGAAGAAAGAUGGCCUUUGUCGUACUCUGAUAGUGAAAUCCUCUGAAUCCAAAGACAGUGGAUUGUACUCCUGUCAAACCGCUGAAGACAAACUGGAGUUUAAAGUUCAAGUUAAAGAUUCAGCUUUGAAGGUUGUCGUCCCUUUAAAACCUGCUGCAGUAGAGUUGGGCGGUACACUCAGCCUGGUGUGUGAACUAAACCAAGCCUCAGGGGAUGUUGUCUGGCGGUGCAGCGGUCGUGAGAUUAAACCUGGAGGCAGACACAGUAUCAGGACAGAUGGGGCUAAGCGGAUUCUCACUGUGACUGGCAUGACUAAAGAAGAUGAAGGAGAAUACAGCUGUGAAUGCAGAAAUGACAAAACCUCUGCUAAAAUCACCUCAAAAGCACCCAGGCUAGUGAGGCUGACCACUAAGCUGAACAAUGUGGCUGCAACAGAGGGAAAAGAUGCCAUCUUCAAGUGCACAGUCAACCCUGCUGAUGCCAUUGUUAAAUGGUUCCACAACAGUUUACCUAUCAUUGCAGGGCCAAAGUAUAAAAUUGAGCAAGGCGGUGGCAGUCACUCACUCACCAUCACCUCUGUUACCCAAAAAGAUGCUGGAGAGAUCAGCAUCGACGCAGAAGGCAAAAGCUGCCAAGCUACCUUACAAGUGCAGCAUGAGCCUGUGACCUUUAAGAAGAAGCUAGAAAACCUGACAGUUGAGGAGCAAAGUGAAGUCAAACUGGAGGUGGAGCUCAGUAAGCCAUCAAAUGAGGUGAAGUGGAUGAAGAACAGCGUAGUGGUGCAACCUUCAGGAAACAUGGAGAUUCGUGUGAAUGGCGCUAAGCAGGCUCUGGUCUUUAAGAGUGUGACUCAUGCUGACCGAGGCAUCUACUCCUGCGAAACCCUGGAUGACAAAACCCAGGCCAAACUCAGCAUUGAAAUGAAGAAGAUCAAGGUUGUCAAGGGCCUAACAGACACAAAGGCACAUGAAGCAGAAACAGUAACGCUUGAGGUAGAACUAAAUCUGCCUGAUGUUGAAGGCUCCUGGACCAGGGAUGGGGUCAAGUUAAAGUCUGGUGGUAACUGCCGUAUCACAACUCUUGGGAAGAAGCAUGCCCUGACAUUUUCCAACCUCAAGAGGGAGGAUGCAGGAACUAUUGUCUUCCAAGCAGAAGGAGUGCAUAUCUCUUGUAAACUGGCUGUUACGGAACCUCCGGCUAUGAUUUCCAACCCUAUUAUGGACAUCAGUGUUCCUGAAAAGGAAAAGGUUACUUUUGAAUGUGAAGUAUCAAGAACAAAUGCAGAUGUUAAAUGGUUCAAGAAUGACAUGGAACUCAAACCAGGGAAAAACCUUGGCAUCCAUACUUUGGGCCGAAAGCGCUCUUUGGUCAUCAACAAGUGCACCCCUGAAGAUGCAGGCAACUAUAUUUGUCGCACUGCUGUUGAUAAUACCUCUGCCAAACUCACUGUUCAUGCCAGAGAUAUUAAGAUCAUGAAGAAGCUGGAGGAUGUGGAGGUGAUGGAGAAGGAGAGUGCUUCAUUUGUCUGUGAAAUCUCACAUGAUGAAGUGGAAUGCCAGUGGUACAAAGGAGGGGCCAAACUCAAAGCUGGGGACAACAUUAAGAUGAGACAAGAGGGCAGAACCUAUGUACUACUGUUUAAGUCGGUAACCCCAGAAGAUAUCGGUGAGGUCAAAUUCACAGCUGAAAAGGCUUCUUCUACUGCAAAACUUAAAGUGAAAGAGCUGCCAGUCAAGUUUGUGAAGAAACUCAGGGAUAAGAUAGCGAUGUAUAAGCAUCGUGGUCAUCUUGAAUGCCAAGUGUCACGUGCCAGUGCAAAGGUGAAGUGGUACAAGAACAAGAUGGAGAUCAAACCUGGCAAGAAGUACGAAAUCAAGAGUGAAGAUGUGUACCGGAAACUCACCAUCAACGAUGUGGAUUCCGGGGAUGAAGACUUGUAUACCUGCGAUGCCACUGAUGACAAGACGUCCUGUAAACUGCUUGUUGAAGAGCAGUCCAUCAGCAUUGUAAGGGAGCUUAGUUCUGUUGAAGUCACAGAACCAUUUGCAGCUGUUUUUGAAGUUGAAAUCAGUAUGGAACUGGUAAAACCUCCGAUAUGGACUCUGAAUGGAGUCGCCUUAAAGGAGAGUGCUGAUGUUGAAAUGGAAAAAGAGGGCACUUUGCAUCGUCUCACUUUCAAAAAGACUAAAGCAUCUAUGACUGGACCAGUGCAGUUUACAGCUGGGAAGAGUAAAUCUUUUGCUCAGCUCACUGUUAAAGAGCGCCCGCUGGAGAUUGCAGAGCCUAUCAAAGAUGUAAAGGCUAAGGAGAAAAGUUCAGCUAUGCUCUCUUGCAAAUUCUCUGCCCCACCCAAAGAGGUGCGAUGGUUCAAAGAUCAGGUACCUCUGGCACCAUCAGACAAGUAUAACAUGAAGCAAGAUGCUACAAGGGCCCAACUUACCAUUCAAAAGCUGACUGAGGAAGACAGUGGACAGUACAGCUGUCAGUCUGGACCUGCUGAGACCAAAGGCAGACUUUCAGUGGAAGUGCGUGAAAUUAAGAUCACCAAACACCUUGCUGACACAGAGGUUGAUGAGGACAGUGAUGCAGCAUUUACAUGUGAGAUAAACUAUGCAGAUGAAGAGGUUCAGUGGCGUCUUAAUGACAAGGUGCUUUUUACUAAUGACGUAAACACCAUUACUCAUGACGGGAAGAUUCACAAACUCACACUGAAGAACUUAGCACCUCAAGAUGGUGGAAUCAUCACUUUCCAAGUCCGUAAGGUGAAAGAGUCUGUAACACUUAAAGUCAAAGAGAAGCGUGCAGUGUUCCUCAAGUCUCUUGAUGAUGUUAUUGGAGAGGAGAAAGGCAUGAUAACUCUGACAUGUGAGGCUUCCAAGCCCAGGGUUUCUCCUACAUGGAGAAAAGAGGGCAAAGUCUUGAAGGCUGGACCAAAAUAUGAGCUGCUUCACACAGGCAAGUCUUUGGGACUGAUCAUCAAGGAUGUCACCAAAGAAGAUGCUGGAGAGUACAGCUGUGAUCUUGGAACUGAGAUUUCUAAAUCAAAAGUCACUGUAAGAGAGAUUGGCAUUGGUAUAACCAAGUGGCUGAAAUCAGCUGAGGUGAAUGAGGGAGAGACCUGUAUCUUUGAAUGCAUCUUGUCUCGUGAGAGCACAGAUGAGUGUUCUUGGACUAUUAAUGGCCAAACUAUUAGGAAUGGUGGCAGAUUUAAAAUCACAAGUAAAGGGCGCAAGUACAUGCUGACCAUAACAGAUGUUACUGCUGCUGAUGCUGGAGAGGUGGCCUUCAACCUUAAAGACCUGAACUCUAAAACAACAUUAACAGUUGAAGGCAAAGCAUCAUCUGUGUCCAAAGGACUGCAGAAUGUUAGUGCUGUUCAAGGGGACGAUGCAGUGUUUAUCUGUGAAGUAACACAGUCUCGUUCCACUGUGAAAUGGUCUAAGGAAGGUAAAGCCAUCAAGAAGAGCCAGAAGUAUGAGAUUAGCCAAGAGGACAGGGUCAUGAAGCUGAUCGUUCAUAACGUCUCUGCUCAAGACUCUGGAGAGUACAGUUGUGAAGUUGUUGGAGGUGCAACCACUAAAGCCAAACUUGAAAUCAAGGAGCCAAUCCAUAAGUUCACUAAAGCGCUGAAGGACAGCCAGGCAGAGGAGAAGGGCUCCGUGACCCUCCAGUGUGAGACUGCUCAAACUCCAUCAACAGUGGUAUGGCUGAAAGGUCACACUGAGCUGAAGGCUGGAGGUCGAUAUGAGAUGUCCCAGAAAGAGGGUGUUUUAACGCUCACCAUCAAAAAGCUGGAGGAGAAAGACACUGAUAUCUACACCUGUGAUGUGGGCACUGCCAAAAGCAUGGCAAAGCUGACAGUGAAUGCCCUGCCUGCCAGUUUUAUCGAAAACCUCAAGAAACAGGAGAAAAAGGAAGGGGAGACUGUGGCUCUGUGCUGCAAGUUAUCAAAGCCUGCCUCCAACAUUCAGUGGAAGAAAGGCUCUGAAACUCUCAAAGCUGGAGAGAAGUAUGUGAUGAAGCAGGAAGACACCUCCUGUGAGCUUCAGAUAAAGAAUUUGAAGGUUGAAGAUGGUGGGGAUUACUUCUGCAUAUGCGGAGACCAGAGGACAUCUGCAGCGUUGAAAGUCAACGCUUUACCACCAACUUUCACACGAAAGCUGGAGAACCAGGAGGCUGAGGAGGGAACUGAUAUCACUCUGCGCUGUGAGAUUUCGAAACCAGGAGUCCCAGUGGAGUGGAGGAAAGGAACACAGGUCCUGAGGUCUGGAGAAAAAAUUCAGAUGAAGCAGAAAGACUCUGUAAAUGAUCUCCUGAUCUACACAGUGGUGCCAGGGGAUAGUGGAGACUACAGCUGUGUGUGUGGGGACCAGAAGACUACGGCUAGCCUCAAAAUCAAGGUCCAACCAGUGACCUUCAACAAAAACCUGGAGAGCCAGGAGGCUGAGGAGGGAGCUAAUAUAACUCUGUGCUGUGAGAUCUCUAAACCUGGAGUCCCUGUGGAGUGGAAGAAGGGGGCACAGGUCCUGAAGUCUGGAGAGAAAUACCAGAUGAAGCAGAGGGCAUCCUUGAAUGAACUCCUAAUCACCAAAGUAGUGCCAGAAGACAGUGGAGACUACAGCUGUGUUUGUGGAGACCAGAAGACCACAGCUAGCCUCAAGAUCAAGGUCCAACCGGUGAUCUUCAAGCAGAAGCUGGAGAACCAGGAGGCUGAGGAGGGAGCUAAUAUAACCCUGGGCUGUGAGGUCUCUAAAGCUGGAGUCCCUGUGGAGUGGAAGAAGGGGGCACAGGUCCUGAAGGCUGGAGAGAAAUACCAGAUGAAGCAGAGGGAGUCUUUGAAUGAACUCCUGAUCACCAAAGUGGUGCCAGACGACAGUGGAGACUACAGCUGUGUUUGUGGAGACCAGAAGACCACAGCUAGCCUCAAGAUCAAGGCACAACCAGUGACCUUCAAACAAAACCUGGAGAGCCAGGAGGCUGAGGAGGGAGGCGAUAUCACGCUGUGCUGUGAGAUCUCUAAACCUGGAGUCCAUGUGGAGUGGAAGAAGGGGGCACAGGUCCUGAAGUCUGGAGAGAAAUACCAGAUGAAGCAGAAAGACUCUGUAAUUGAACUCCUAAUCACCAAAGUAGUGCCAGGGGACAGUGGAGACUACAGCUGUGCUUGUGGAGACCAGAAGACCACAGCUAGCCUCAAGAUCAAGGCUGUGAAGCCGUCUGCCCCUCCUUCAAGCACUAAACUGGAAUCUAAGAGACAGGAAAUGGAAGUCAAGAUGCCUGAAACUCCGACCACAGCAGCUAAAGACAAGCUGAAGAAGCAAGUAGUAAAUGAGACGGUAGAAGCUGUUAAAGUUUCAAUCACUGAAGAGACCCCUAAACAGCAGCUACUCAAACAGGAGAUUGAGAGAGAUUCGCGAGAGCACAAAGUAGGAGCUGAAGUUGAAAAAACUACUGCUGGAGUAGCUGCAAAACAAGAUACCCAGAGGCAGGGGACCAAAAAGCCAGAAGAAGCUGUUACGCUUCCAGCUGCUGGACAGACCCUGAAAGAGCAGCUAUCCAAACAGGAGAUUCAGAGAGAUUCACAACAGCUCAAAGUCACAGCUGAAGCUGACAAAACUACUGCUGGACAAGCUACUAAACAAGAUUCACAGAGGCAAGGGACCAAGAAGCCAGAAGAAGCUGUUAACUUGUCAACAACUGGACAGACCCCUGAACAACAGCUAUCCAAACAAGAGAUUAAGAAAGAUUCACAACAGCUCAAAGUUGGAGCUGAAGUUGACAAAAAAGCUGCUGGUGAAGCUGCAAAACAAGAUACUCAGAGGCAGGGGACCAAAAAAACAGAAGAAGCUGUUAAGCAGCCAGCUAGUGAGGAGACCCCUAAACAGCAGCUACUCAAACAGGACCCUGAGAGAGAUUCACAGGAGCUCAAAGUCCAAGCCGAAGUUGAAAAAACUGCCGCUGAAGUAGCUGCAAAACCAGAUACACAGAGUCAGGAGGCCAAAAUGCCAGAAGAAGCCGCACCGGUACUAUUCAAGAAGGAGCUGGAAAGUCAAGAGGCCACUGAAGGAGAUAAGGCCACGCUGUACUGUGAGACAUCCAGCCCUGACUGUAAGGUGACCUGGCUGAAGGGCUCUACGGUGCUCACCCAUGGGGAGAAGUACAAUAUGGAGCAGAAGGCUACCACUCACACGCUGGUCAUAAACAAUCUGGAUAUGAAGGAUGGUGGAGAAUAUACCUGCGACACAGGGGACAAGAGAAGUACUGCGACCCUUACUUUGAAAGAGCAUGUGCGCAUCAUCCGGGAGCUCUGUGACAUUACAGUGACCACAGGGCAGGAUGCUGUCUUUGAGGUGGAGCUGUCACACUCAGGUGUGACAAACUGGGAGUGGUGGCUUGGAGACAACCUCCUCCAAAAUAAUGACCUGAAUCAAAUGAGCAGCCACGGCACAGUGCAACGUUUGAUCCUGAAGAUGGUAACCACAGAUGAAUCGGGGGAUGUUGCCUUUGUCAUGGGAGAAGAGAGGAGUGUGGCCUGUCUGCUGGUGGAGGAGAAACCCAAAGUGCAAAUACUAGAGAAACCACACAACACUUUGGCAUUAGAGGGUGAAACUGUCACUCUGGCCUGUACCAUCUCUGACCCCAAAGCCACUGUCACCUGGAUGAGAAACAACAUGGCCAUCAAAGCAGGUCUCAAGUACGACCUGAAGAAAAAUGGAGCGUUCCACCAGCUCCGUAUCUACAACCUGCUGCCUGAGGACUCAGGAACGUACACCUGUGACACUGGAGAUGCACAGUGUGACGUCACCUUGACAGUGGAAGGUGCCCCAGUGUUCUUCCGGAAAGAGCUCAAGAACCAGGAUGCAGUUGAGGGUGAUGAUAUUACCCUGUGCUGUGAGCUGUCUAAGCCAAGCUUUCGGGUUGAGUGGAGAAAAGGAGGCAUGGUCCUCCAGCCCGGUAAGAAGUUUGAGAUGAGGCAGGAAGGGUGCAUUCAAGAGCUCUGUAUACGGAACCUGAUUCCUGAAGACAGUGGCUACUACACCUGUGAUGCAGGAGACCAGCUCACUACAGCUUCUUUAGCAGUGCAAGCCAAAGAAGUCUUCAUUGUGUGUGGUCUAAAGGCCACUGAUGUCUUUGUUGGGGAAUGGGCUACCUUCUCCUGCCAGCUGUCGGGUGGGGCACCUGGCAAGGUGCAGUGGUGGCUUGAUGGCACCUUGAUGAAGAGCAGUCCCUCAUGUGAGAUAGGGCUGAACCCCGGCCACAUCCACACACUCAUCUUAAAGAACCUGGCCACGGAUGACUCUGGCACGGUUACGUUUAAAGCCGGCAGUUUAACUUCAACAGCCAAACUCUUAGUCAAAGAUCCCACAGUUGAAGUGGUGAACGAGAUGGAGGACCUUUGGGUGGUGCAAAACCAACCAGCUGAGUUCAUCUGCCAGUUCUCAAGGCCAGUCAAGGCUCAGUGGAAGAAAGACGGGCAGCCAUUGCAGCCUGACGGCCGAAGGGUGGUUGUGGAGCAGGACUGGAGUGUGGCUCGCUUGUACAUUAGCCAAGUUUCAGCUGAGGACAGGGGCACAUACUCCUGUGAGGCACAUGGGACCUGUGUGGUUGCUACACUUCAUGUAGAAGCCAAACCCAUCAACAUUGUCCAGGGACUGGAGGAUGUAGAGACCUUUGAUGGAGGUGAGGCGCUGUUUGAGUGUGCACUAUCUCGUCCUGAGAGCAAAGAUUGCCACUGGCUUCUUGAUGGGAAACCAGUGAAGGAAUCUCCCAAUGCCGAGAUUGUAUCAUUUGAGAGCGGUCGCCGUCAUCUGCUUUUGCUGAAAGAGUUGCGAGUUACAGACAGUUGCACAGUAACCUUCAAAGCUGGCACAGCAACAACAUCUGCCCAACUCUCUGUGAAAGGCUGGCAGCUGGAUAUCAUCAAGAGUCUUGAGGAUAAGGUGGCUGCACUGGGAGAGAAGGUUGAGUUUUGUGUUGAACUCAACGAGCCUAUCCCUGCAUCAGAAGUUGCCUGGUACGCUAAUGGAGUUGAGCUCAAGCCCAGUGACCUCUGGGCUAUGAGAGCUGAUGGCUGUUCAUACCGUCUUGUCCUGAGACAGGCACCUCUUUUGCCAAAGCAGGAAAUAACAUUUGCUGCAAGAGAUGCUCUCUCAUUGGCCAAGCUUACCAUCAUCACUGCACCUGACCCCCCAGAGGACCCAGAGGUCCUCAGUAAGACCAAACAGUCGGUCACCCUCUCUUGGUUUACUCCUCUACAUGAUGGAGGCAGUCCCAUUCUGGGCUACAGGGUGGAGACACGGCUAGUAGACAGUGCCCUUUGGCUUCCUUGCCAUUCUGAACCUGUGUGCAACACAGAGUUUGUGGUCGAAAAUCUUACCCCAGGGAGUAGCUACAGAUUUAGAGUGGCAGCGAUCAACAAAGCUGGGACUGGAGAGCCAGUUGAGUUGCCUCAGACUGUGCAGCUGGAAUCAGCUGCCAAGCCAUUAGUCACCACAGUAAAGGAAGUCAAACAGGUGGAGACAGAGAUACUUGAACAGCCUAAUCUGCCUCCUGAAGCUGCUGAUGAGGGUGAUCUCCACGAGCUGUGGGAGGAAUCAGCCAAGAAACGGCGCAUGAGCAGAGAGCCCACUCUGGACUCAAUCUCUGAACAGCCUGAAGAGGAUGGCAAAGGUGGUAAAAAGAAGUCAGAACUGAAGGAGUCAGAGAAAGUGGAAGUAAAGUCAGUUGAGAAGGAGCAGGCUGUUGUGUCUAAGAAGCCGACAGAGUCCACUUUGAUCACCAGCUCUGAGGACGAGUCUGUUUCUGGGGGUCCAACCCUUGUGUCCUACCUCAAGAAAAGUAGCAAGACUUCUGUCACAGCAGCAAAUAAUACAGAAACUAUGACCACCGAGAGGUUCUUUGCUCACUUCCAGAUGGCGGAGCAGAGAACAGUGCAGCAGACAGGAGUGUCAACAACCACAGUUCAGCAGACAGACAUAAAACAGGUGUCUUCAGAAGAUACUAACAUCAUGGAGAUCAGUAAAGAGGAUGAGCCUGAGCUUAGAGAGGCUGCCAUUAAGAUUCAAGCUGCCUUCAAGGGCUACAAAACCCGCAAAGACAUGCGCCCUGUCUUUAAAGAUGUCUUCAAAGACCAGACUAAAGAACCUAAUGGCACCAUCCAUCUAGAAUGUGUGGCAGAAGGGAAACCUGACAAGGUGCGUUGGCUGAAGGAUGGAGAACCACUGACAGAUGGAAAGCACCACCACAUUGAUAUCUACAAUGAUGGAACUUGCUCACUAGUAAUCACUGCUGUCACUACAAAGGAUACCGGAGUUUACACUUGUGAGGUCACGAACAAGUUUGGAGUCACUUCUCACAGUGGUAAAGUCACAGUAGGAACUCUGAGAGAGUCAUCAGGGCGCCGACCACUGACUGUGGGCUACAGCGCAGACAGCGAGGCCGAGAGUUCCUCAGGUAGUGAGAUGGAUGAGUCACUGAGGCAGGCAAGCAGACGUCUACGACGCCUGCUGCGUACACGUCUCCCACCAGAUGUAGAGGAAGAACCAUUUGUCAGUGCAGAUGAAGGAGACCUGCGUCCACCAGAUCCUCAGUCUUACCGGGAAGAUGAUACUUACAUCUACAUACGCUUCGACACGUGGGGAGAGGCUGAGAUUGCCUCAAAGAGGUUCCAGGAGAUGUUUACAGUCCAUGGGGUUCCUGUAGAGACCACUAUCCUGGAGGCAGGCCCUCUAAAAGUGGAGCUGAGGAUCAGGAAGAUGGGCUACACACAAGAUGGGACAGAGACUCCCACACAAGAAAGACAGCCUCCUGCGUUGCUGACAGGAGGUGCAGCUGCCCCAGUCUUCUUGACAGAGCUUCAAAGUCAGGAUGUUCCAGAUGGAUAUCCUGUUAGCUUUGACUGUGUUGUGAUCGGAAAGCCCCCUCCAACUGUGCGCUGGUAUAAAGAUGGCAAGUUGCUGGAAGAGAAUGAUCAUUACAUGAUAAAUGAAGACCAGGAGGGCUGCCAUCAGCUCAUCAUUACCACUGUGCUGCCUACGGACAUGGGAGUCUAUCGUUGUACAGCUGAAAACAGCAGUGGUAUCACAGCCACAAAGGCUGAACUGAGGGUUGACAUGUCUUGCAGCUCUGAUUACGACACUGCUGCUGAUGCCACUGAGACAUCUUCCUAUGUCAGUGCCAAGGGCUACAUGUCCAGGGAAACAGAGACAUUUGAAUCUGUGGCUGAAGAUGAUCAGCUGCCUCAAGUGGUGGAAGAGCUUCAUGAUGUUCAUGUUUGUCCACGCUCACCUAUUGCUAAGCUGCAGCUUAGAGUAAAGGGCUUCCCCAAGCCCAGAGUAUACUGGUUUAAGGACAGCCAACCUCUGCGACCUUCAAAGAGGAUCAUGUUGCUGGCAGACAGAGAUGUUCACAGUGUUGAGAUCAUGGACGUGAAGAAAGAGGAUAUGGGAGAGUACUCUGCUUACAUCAGCAAUGCAGCUGGUUCUGCGUACUCUUCUGCUCGACUCAUGGUUCUGAGUCCAGGGGAGAUUAUGCCUCAAGAUAAAAGAGACCCCAAGGAGCCCCUUGUACCACCCCGCUUUAUCGAAAGGUUCAGCAACAGGAAGGUGAAACAGGGAGCCAGCAUCACUCUGUCUGUCAAAGUAGAAGGGUCUCCAACUCCCAUGGUCUCCUGGCUAAAGGAGGAAUCAAUGGAAGAUGUUCUGUGGAUCAAGCCUGAUACCAAAGGAUACAAAAUAGCAAGCUCAGGGCGCCAGCACAGCCUCAUCCUGAUGGACGUAGGCACAGAAUACACCGGUGCCUACACCUGUAUCGCCACAAACAAGGCGGGACAGUCUAUCUUUACCGCCCACCUCGAGGUUGAUGAGACACCACAACCUAAGAGAGAGACCAAAGCCACAGAGGUUCUUGGGAUUACAGUAAGUCCUCCAGAAGAGGAGACUAGCAAAGGAAAAGAGGGUCAGAUACCCUUCCUAGGUGAAGUAGGUACAGAGGAAUUCCUUAUGAAACUCACCUCUCAGAUCACUGAAAUGGUGUCAGCAAAGAUUACCCAAGCGUCUUUGCGCGUACCAGGUGUUGACAGUGACGAUGAGACCAAGACCCCAACUGCUUCUCCCCAUCAUGGUCGCUCUCGUCCUCCGUCUCUCAUCGCUGACUCGUCCUCUGAGUCUGAUGAGGGAGAUGCACGAGGAGAGAUGUUUGACAUCUAUGUGGCAACAGCUGACUACAACCCCACCAUUGCGAGCAAAGAGUCCAUCUCUCUAAAGGAGGGACAGUAUGUUGAAGUUUUGGACUCAGCCCAUCCACUGAAAUGGUUAGUUAGGACCAAACCCACCAAAACUACACCAUCCCGCCAAGGCUGGGUCUCACCUGCUUACCUGGACAAGAAACUGAAACUCUCUGCAGAUACAAGUGAACCUCCAGAAACAAAUGUAGAGGAAGUUUCUGAGGGAGAAUACAAGAGGAAGUUAUUCCAACUGCUUCAAGACCUGAUAAAUGGGGAAUCAGAGUUUAUAAAAGAGGUCGAUUUUUUCACCUCCCAUCACUUGAAGCAUGCAGAGACCCUGGAAGCUCCAUCUGAGGUCAGCAGCCAGAAGGACGUCAUAUUUAGGAAUAUUGAUGAUCUCAAGUCCUUCCAUAGCAAGGCAUUCCUUCCAAAGUUGAAUGACUGUGACACAGACGAUGAUGUGGCCAUGUGCUUCCUGAAGAACAAAGAGGGCUUUGAGAAGUACCUCGAGUAUCUUGUUGGCCAGAGUCUGGCUGAGUCUGCUGUUAGUGACAAAACCGUCCACCGCUUCUUCAAGGAGUACACAGAGAAAGUCCAAGCCAGUGCAGACCCUGCAGAUCCCCCUGUACGAAGCAUCAAUGCCUGCCUCCUACAACCACUGGAGAGGAUACAGAAGUACAAGACAGUCCUCAAGGAGCUCAUUCGAAACAAGGCAAGAAAUGGUCAGAACUGCUGUCUAUUGGAAGAAGCCUACGCCAUGGUGUCUGCACUCCCUCAGCGGUCUGAGAACACACACCAUGUGUCCAUGAUUGAAAACUAUCCUGCCACACUGGAAGUAUUGGGAGAACCCAUCAGACAGGGACCCUUCCAAGUUUGGGAAGGAGCUCCAGGAAUCAGGUCAUCCUCUAGAGGUCACCACCGCCACUUAUUCCUGUUUAAGAACUAUUGUAUAAUCUGCAAACCAAAGAGAGACAGCAACACUGACACACAAGCAUAUGUCUUUAAGAACAUGAUGAAGCUAAAUAACAUGGAUGUAAACGAGACGGUGGAGGGUGAUGACCGAGCCUUUGAGAUCUGGCAUGAACGUGAGGACUCUGUAAGGAAAUACACCCUGCAGGCCAGGACUGUUAUCAUCAAGAACUCCUGGCUGAGAGACUUUAGGGAGCUGCAGCAGCGAUACAGCAUGCCUGCAUGGAGUCCUCCUGACUUUGAUGAAAUUCUGGCAAACUGCACGGCAGAGCUGGGACAGACUGUCAAGCUGGCCUGCAAAGCUACUGGAGUUCCCAAACCUACAAUCACAUGGUACAAAGACGGUUGUGCUGUGGAGGCUGAUCCUCACCACAUCAUCAUCGAGGACCCUGAUGGUUCCUGCACACUAAUCCUGGAUAACAUGACUGCAGAUGACUCUGGCCAGUACAUGUGCUUUGCUUCAAGCUCAGCAGGCAAUGCCAGCACACUUGGCAAGAUCACUGUUCAGGUACCUCCUCGUUUUGUGAAUAAACUGAGGAAUGCUACAUAUGUAGCAGGCGAGGACGCUCAGUUUACCUGCGUCAUACAGAGUGCUCCAAGCCCAAAGAUAAGGUGGUUCAAGGAAGGCAGGCUGCUUACUGACCAGGAAAAGUAUCAGACCUACAGUGAGGUCCGAAGUGGUGUUCUGGUCUUGGUUAUAAAAAACCUGACAGAGAGAGAUCUGGGACACUAUGAGUGCGAGUUGUCUAACCGUCUAGGCAGUGCCAAGUGUGCUGCUGAUUUAGUUCUCCCCUCUGCUGUUGCUCGCACUGGUGAACAGGCUAUCACUAUUGAAGUUACUGAGCAAGAGACAAGAAUACCAAAGAAAACCAUCAUAAUUGAGGAGACUAUAACCACUGUGGUGAAAAACCCUCGAAUGAGGAGACACAGGUCCCCCGGCCUGACUCUUGCUGGUGCCCAUCGCUCAGAGACCUCCACCCCAGAACCUCCUACAUCCAGGCAGAGAAGGAUGCCCACUACAAGAAAGACCAUCCCCACUGUCUAUGUAACUGAAGCACAGGGUGCUGAAGCCAGAGUCAUGGAAAACAAGCCCAGGUGGGUGGAGGUAGAGGAGGUCAUUGAGUAUAAGGUCAAUAAAUCCCCCAGGCUACCCAGGAGGAGAAACAUCUCACCUGCAGGAUCUGAACGUGCUACCACUCCAUCUAGACCCAAAAGGUCUCCACCAGAAAACCCAAACACCAAUAACUCCAACAACAAGCUGGUGGAGCAGGCGCAGGCCCAACUGCAGGGAGACGUUAACAGCCAGCAGCUCUCAUGGGAAGAAGAGGAGGGUCAUGUGACCUCUGACUCUGUCUCUGGAGUGCCAAGUGAGCUGUCUUCAGUACUUGCUACAGCUGGAGACGACAGCGAGGACCAGGACCAGGAUGAUCAAGAAACUGUCAUCUUUGUUCCAGAUGAUGAAGAUGAUGAUCACAGCUCAACCAGAAAGCAGGAGCCCAAGAUUCUGACACAAGGAGGACGUAUUUUGACCCUGGAGGACCUGGAGGAUUAUGUACCAGAAGAAGGAGAGACCUACGGCUCCUCCUCAAGCACCAAUCCUGCAGAAAAACCCUGUGAGAUCUCAGUGCUCCAGAGGGAAAUCAGCGGCUCCACAGUGGGGCAGCCAGUGCUCCUCAACUUGGGGCGGCCUGUUGCUCCGAGACAGAGAAGCGGCUUCUUUGGCCGCUUCAGGGAUCACCUCUCCAGCAGCCUUUUCUCAUCUUCUGUCCCACCUGCCAGCAGCACCCAUUCCAGGGUGGAAAGGCACAUCCCCAUCCAGGUGAGCCAGGCUAAGCUGGAAGUGAAGCCUUCAUACUGCUCAGAGGUGCAGAGAGUCGAGGGUGGGCAGCAGAGCUUUAAAACCAAAGUGUCAACUCAGACCUAUGGCUACACAUCAGUGGGCAAACCAGUCAGUAUUCAAAUUAGUCAAAAGAAGUAGGUGAUAAUAUUUCAAUUUGGUACAAUAAACCCUCUAGUCUUAAACAGGGGCAUUUCUAUGUAGAAGAAUAACACAUAUCCUAACAUGAAGUUUAUUUACUACAUUUGACAAACCAUUCCUUAUUGAAGCUGCCCAGCACAGAGCUUCCACUGAGUCUUUUCAAGGUAAUUGUUAGAGUUAGGCUGUCUUUGGAGAGAUGGUGAAUGGAAAAGUGGGUAAAAAUAUCUGUGUCCAAGUUAAACCCUGAACCAUAGCAGGUUUAUGACAUUUGCCUCCUUUAUGUACUGAUGAACAAUUUUCAACUAAUUAUUUAACAAAGGUUAAUUUUUGCAUACAGUGGCGGCUGGUGCAUUGUUCUCCAAGAGCAGUACUAUUUUUCCCCAGAUGAACCCAGAUUUACAUCAUAGUUCAUGGGUGUAGUUCAUUAGCUUGGUGCUAACACAAUGAAGACUGCCUUUACCAGGCUAACAGAAUUAGCAUCACAUUUUGUGGUGAUUGUAACUUAAGAAUCCUGUAAAAAAUGGCUGAACUUUUAGAGUGAAGAGAUGUUAAUGUAGUUUAUCAUCUCUACAAAACGUAUCGAACAGUUGUGUCAGUGGUCAAAAUUUGGUGGCCUGUGAACAUAAUGAAUUCAACCCAAAGGAGCGUGGCAUGACAACCGCCACUUAUUUACAGAGGAAGAGGAUACUGUAGUGCUUGGGCUGUGAAAAAAUAAACCCAUUUAGAGAUAUGAUCCUGCUUUAUUAUUAUCAGGCUUGGUUGCUUCCCGUAGAUAAGAAUUGAAUUUUAAAACAUUCUGUUUGAAGUUAUUUAAAGAAUGACUUUUUCAUCUUUGUUGUACAAGAAAGGGAGGGCUUAGCCCUGCUAGCCCAUUUAGACGAGCUGUCCCUGUAUGUACAACUUUACCAAAGUGUCAGCUUUACCCAAAACUUUAACCAUUGAAGGCAUUUUGCUUAGUGAUGGCUUAUGUGGAAACGGCUAUGUACUACAUAAAGGAACAAAGAUUUUACUCUGGUACCUUUUGCACUAAUGAAGUGCCUUGGAUUACUGAAAUAAUACUUGGAGUGGAUGGAUAUCAUGUCUACUUGUUGAAAGCUCAUUUAACUAUGCAACACUGAUAUUGUUACAUUUACCACAGACUUUUGGUAGCUGCUGCAGUCCUUUUAAAGUUUAUUUGAAGAUGUGCAGUCUAAUUAUAGCACCUUUGACAACAUCAGACACUAGUUCUUGAUUGUUUGUGAAUGAUUUUCUGAGCAGCUUCAAAAAUAAAUAUUUCUUCAAGCAAACCAUAAAGUAGUUGAAAUGAAAACCUGUUUCACAUCAGAUUGCUUUUUUGCAUCUUUUAUUGUUGUGAAACUUUCUUCCAUUGAUUGUGAAUGAAUGUUUUACUUGUUUCUGACAUUUUUGUCUGCUAAUGCAGUGAAUUCACAGAAAAUCAAAGUUAUUCAUUUGUAAGUGAUAGAUAAUUAGAUGAGUGACUGCAUGUAUUUGUUUCUCCAGAGCUGGUUUGUUUAUCGGGAAUAAUGGCGUUUGUAUCGUACGACUGUGAUCAAGUAUUUAUGCAACAGACUGUACUUGAGCUGACAGAACUUACUACCUUUUCAAUAACAAUUUGGAAUCAAUACCUGCCCCUUAAAUUUUUUGGUUUUGUGCUGUUUAAAAGUCAGUGACAGAGGUCAUAUCGUGUAUGAAUAUUUAAGCACUAACAGACUGUAAUUGCUUGUACUGUACAUGUGUAGCUUUUUGGAAAUGUGUACAAGUACUCUGUGUUAAAUCGGAAUCAAAUAAAUGUACUACAGAACAAGA